AUGAGUUAUUAUCUAGACGAAGUCAGAGAAAGAUCUCUGUUUGUGAGUAAAACUAUGAAUGCCAACUGGAAUCACUAUUAUAGUCUUGUUAAGAAAUUAUCAUCAUUGUCUGGCCAAUGGCCCUAUCAGAAACCGAUAACGAGACUGUUUUGUGUAAUCUUCAUGACUUUGAGUACGAUUUCUAUGAUUAUUCCACAGAUAGCUAAAUUUGUUACAUGCGACAGAAACUUGCAAUGUAUCUUUCAAACUAUGUCGUCCUAUAUGUUGACAACCAUAACACUGGUAAAGCUGUACACGUGUUACUUUAACCGAUGUAAAAUGAAAGUUCUUAUUGAUCAAUUAUUCGUUGACUGGAACGAAUUAGAGACACCAGAAGAAUACGAAAUUAUGAAGAGAUAUGCCAAGAACAGCAGACGAUAUUCCUUGGGAUAUUCGUUGUAUUACUAUUUUGGCGUGUACGUGUUUAUAUCCCUAUCCCUCAUACCACAAGUGUUGGAUGUCGUUUUACCUCUCAACGAAUCCCGCCCUAUACUGUCGACAUAUCCAGGAUAUUACUUUGUUGAUGAAAGAAAAUAUUUCUUCUAUAUUUUUUCACAUGCUGUUAUGGCUUGGGAAAUUGCUGUGACUGUAAUAGUUUCUCACGAUUGUAUGCUCCUAACUUAUAUCGAGCACGUCUGCAGUAUUUUCGCCCUAGUCGGAUUCGCUCAAUUGAUCGGAGAUACGUUUUCGUUAACGCUGACUAUACAAUUAGCAUUAAAUACAGUAAUGAUCAGCAUUACGUUAUUGCAAGUCACGCAGCAGCAAGCCGAUAUUUUAGAAAUGAUACGAUAUGCGAUGUAUGUCAUUGGUCAAUUAAUCCAUCUAUUUUGCCUCAGUUUUGAGGGACAAAAGCUAAUAGAUCAUAGUCUUCAAACCCGCGAUAAAAUCUAUAAUAGUCUUUGGUAUGAAACACCCCCCAAGUUGCAAAGGAUGCUUCUGUUCGUCAUGCAAAAGAGUCUUCAACCUAUUUUUUUAAGUGCUAGCAAAAUCUAUAUUUUCUCAAUGGAGAAUUUCACCAUGAUUGUGCAAACUUCAAUGUCAUACUUUACUGUACUCUCAUCCUUGGAAUAA